AUGACUUUUCACCCCACAAACAGACGCAGCAACAGUAACAGCCGUUCUCCAGGGCCAUGUUCACCAAAAGACCCUCGUUCUGUGUCCCGCUCGGAAUCUCUGCGCUGCGCAGUAGGGGCCCAGAUCUUCCGGCCAUGUGAAUUGCUACAUGGUGAAGAACUGGGGAAAGGAUUUUUUGGAAGAGCCAUUAAGGUCACACACAGAGCCACUGGGAAAGUAAUGGUUAUAAAAGAACUUAUACAGUUUGAUGAGCAAACUCAGAAAACCUUCUUGACAGAGGUAAAGGUCAUGCGUUCUCUGGAUCAUCCCAAUGUACUGCGUUUUAUUGGAGUUCUGUAUAAGGAUCGAAGAUUAAACCUGCUGACCGAAUACAUAGAAUGUGGAACUCUGAAGGACUUCCUUAGAGGGGGUGAAACAUGCCCUUGGCAACAAAAGGUGUCAUUUUCUAAGGACAUUGCAUGUGGAAUGGCUUAUCUUCACUUCAUGAGCAUAAUACAUAGAGAUCUCAACUCGCACAACUGUCUCAUCAAAAUGGAUGGAACAGUAGUGGUUGCUGACUUUGGACUGUCCAGACUCAUUGUAGAAGAAAAACCCAAACCCCCACCAGAUCGACCUCCCACAAAAAAGAGAACUCUUCGUAAAACAGACCGCAAGAAGCGUUAUACAGUGGUGGGCAACCCAUACUGGAUGGCACCAGAAAUGUUAAAUGGUAAAAUAUAUGAUGAGAAAGUGGAUAUAUUUUCAUUUGGAAUUGUGCUGUGUGAGAUUAUUGGACAGGUUUAUGCUGAUCCGGAUUGCCUGCCACGUACCAUUGAUUAUGGCCUCAAUGUUCGUCUUUUCUGGGAAAAGUUUGUCACAAAGGACUGUCCUGCAGGAUUUUUCCCCUGGCGGCAUCAUGCUGCCAGCUGGAGCCUGACCAAAGGUGAGUUGACGUGA